AUGAUCCGCCAGAUCCGUCUGGCCAGGGUGCUCAUCGAUGGAGGCAGCGCCCUCAACAUCAUCUUCGCCAAGACCCCGGAGGACAUGGGCUUCGACAUGACCAAGCUGGUCCCCUCGGACAAGGCCUUCUAUGGCAUCAUUACGGGUGCCGUCUCGACUUCUGUCGGCAAUGUCACCCACCUGGUUACCUUCGGCACUCGGGACAACUACCGCACGGAGUCCAUUAUCUUCGAGGUGCCACCAUGCGAGACCUCCUACCACGCCAUUCUUGGGAGACCAGCUCUCACCAAGUUCAUGGUAAUCCCAAAUCACACGUAUCUUCUCCUGAAGAUGCCGGCUCCGAAUGGAAUUCUUUCCAUCCAUGGCGACAUCCAGACAUCUCAUUCCUGUGAGACGGAGAACAUUAACACCGCCAAAGCCAUGGAGAGGAGCAGCAACCAGGCCUUUGUCGCCCAGGCGGCAAAGACCCACGCAAAGGAUCAGCUCCAAAAACCUUCCAACAACAUAGCGUUAGGGUCCCAGCUGCACCCUGAUAGCCAGACGAAGGCGAUCGUCCUCAGCGACGACCACCCUGACAAGACCGCCUUGAUCGGGGCCGAGCUCGACUCCGCAUAG